AGACAUGGAAUUAGAAAUGUUUCCUUGUUUAAAUUAAUAAAAUAAAUUUAUUGUAUUGAAUGUUAUGAACAUUUUGAUGAAAUGCAAAGGCGGAUUUCCAUAAAUGUGAAACAGAGGUUGCUUUGCAGGUACAUACUCCGUGUGAUAUAUAAAUAGACACAAGGAAGGAAAUACCAAGUCUUUUUUUAGAAUACCGGGUUUCUGGAUGUACAUAAUUCGUUUACUUGGAUUAAGCGGAGAAGAAAAUAGGUUUAUAGUUGGAAGAUUCAAAUAAAUUGCUUGUUAAUGACAGUUUAUUUGGUUCAUUUACAGGUACCGUCAGAGAAAUGAAAUAAAAGAAUGAGAAAUUACAGCACAGUAAUGUCAUAGUAGUCGGAUACCUGAAGUCAAGUACGUAAAUCUGUUUUCACCUGUUCUCCGAAAUCGAAAGUUCCUCACUUGAAAAAUGUCAGGAGGAGUUGAGGAACUAAACAAAGCUUUAGAAGAUAUUGUGAAGUUUGAGUAUGAUGUGUUUUUGAUAUUUGCUACAGACGAUGAUGCCUUAGCAAGAAAAGUGUGUGAAGGACUUGAACAAAAUAAUAAACGCUGUAUUGCUCAGUUCAAACAGGAUGCAUUUCAAAUCGGACAUAAUGUUUUUGAUAAUGUCGUUCGAAAUGUUUCCAGGUCAAAUACAACAUUGCUUCUUCUAACUGAGAAAUCACUUCAAAGCCACUGGGUGAAAUUAGAGACUAUUUUAGCUCUUGAAGAAUCUACACGAUCAAAUAUGCUACGGCUACGGUUGCUAUUACACAAUGUCAAUGAAAGGGAUAUUAAUUUUUUGAAGCGAGGUGUUUUGGCUUCGGUUCCUGUUAUGAAAGUAGAUUUCAACAGAAAUGAAUGGAGCAAAGAACUAGCUGAAGAAAUUGGCAGAGAGAUUCCCCUGCCUGAUGUACUACCUGUUGGGAGUAUGGCACAUGGCCUUGUGUUCUCUCAUUAUACAGGCUUCCUGAGUUUUGUACUACCUGUGUUAAAGGAAAAACUCAAGCAGACAGAAAUAUACAAAAGAUGUCCGGACAAAGUUUCCAUGAAGUACAACAUGCUACUUCCUGGCUCCUGUAACAUUUACGCUGACCUGUCAUCACGUGAUGAAGACAAUGGUAUAGAAAUAAAAUUCGAAGAGACACUUGAAUUUACUGCACAUCAUGCUGGGAAACUGAGGAAUUUCUCGUUAACAAUUUACAAAAUAACGAGAGAAGGCCAGGAAUAUUACUUCUUUGCUGAUUUCCCAAAUGUGCUGAAUUCAAUGUUCAAAAUGGAGGCGGAGCAACUAGCAGAGGUUGACAUACGAUUUCAGAUAGCGAGGUUUUACUACACCAUGAAUGAGAUGAUUAACCAUGCAGAAAAUAAAGUGUGUCACAAUACUGUUCAACUUGUCCUGUUUAAUGAAAUUGUUGAAACAAUGCAGGAUGCUUUAUGGCAUGUGGUGUCUACUGGUGUACAAGACCAGGCAAAUCAGACACUUAAUGAAACGGUAGCAUCAAACCUACAGCAGCCUAUACAGAGGUUGAAUGAUCAGCAAUCAGACAGUGAUAAGGAAGGAAACGAUGUUACAAUUACUUGCUAUGAAGAUUGUUCUAAAGAUAAAAAUGUAGCUGAGGAAAUUGGACAUUUUCUUGAACAAAAAGGGAAAAAGGUUCAAAUGUAUAGUCAGAAAGCUCUAUCUGUACCAAAGGCAAAGUGGUACAUAUUUGUGUUGUCUAAAGAAGCUCUUCGUGAAUCAGAUACGCUACAAUUUCUAUGUACAGAGGCAUUAGCAGAAAGUCUGGGAAACAAUGAAUUACGGGUACUGGUUGUGAUUAGGGAUGUUGAUCCCAGACAUAUUCCUAGGUUUAUUAAAAGUGUAAACAUGCUCAAAACAUCGGAGCCAAACUAUUGUGACAAAAUUCUAAAAUCUAUGACAGGUGACGUGUUAAGACUGGAGCAUAGUUUACCUGCGGGGGAUGUGGCUACAGGUCUAAGCUGGGCUUAUGUAAUAAACUAUCUGGUGAUGACACUCUUGGGGAAAUCUUCAGAGGAAACAGGAAAGUUAAAUUUGAAGCAAAGAAUACAGAAGUUUUUAAAAGACAAAAACAUCAAAUGUGGUUGUAUUUACAAGAUGUUUAUAGUGUUACCAAUGUCCUGUACAACAGCACCAAAGCUUGCUGACAAAGCAAAUGAAAGCGGAGAUGGAACUAAAAUUGUGACACACCUGGGACUUACUGAACCUGUAGUUAGUGAUACAGGUGGUCAGAAAGGCAGAAAGAGUUUCCUGCAUAUGUACAAACAUGAGGACACAGAGUCUAAAAGGAAUGUUUGCUUUAUAGCAGAAUACUGUACGCCUGCCAAUUGUAUGCGAGAGAUGGUAGAGAACUAUAAGUUUGCUGGAUUAAGUGAGGAGGAGAUGAGGAAACAAUGUGAUGACUUUGCUGAGUUACUUCCAGAUAUUAUUGGGAGAGAGAUGGUAAAGAGGAAGCUAGGAGAUAUCAGUAAGCUGGUUCAACUGAUAUAUUAUGAUGACAAAUCAGAGACCCUCUUGUCAGCCAUUGGGAGACAUAUUGAUGAAGCCGGAUCGGAGAUGAUAUUUGCUGAGGAGAUGCCACCACGUACUGGAGAACAAAAUUAUCACCUGCCUUGAUGAUUACAGUUCAUGUUGCUGUCUGUUAGAGGAUUUCACAAGAUACACAAAACUUUAUUUUUAAAGUUAAUAUACAUAUAACAAUUUUUUAAGAUGGAACGGUCAGCUUCGAGCUGUUUACUUACUAUAUUAUAGGAUAAACUUUACAUAACAAAUAGCUGUGAUAGAGAGUCAAUAGCAUUUAUUUCUGUUAUAACAUAUAAUAAUACAUAAAAUAUUGUUUAAACAUUAAAGUCAUUAAAGAUAUAUUAAGAAAAAAUGAAAAAUGAUUUUAAAGUUUAUCAAAACAUAUAUAUAAUUAAGUUAAAGGAAAAGUACAUUUAGGCGAAAAGUACAUUAGACAAAAAGUACAUUAAGACUAAAAGUACAUUUACACGAAAAGAACAUUUAGUCGAAAAGAACAGUAAAGAUACACUACCAUAAUCACAAAAAUGAUUAAAUGUGAAAUUAACAUAGCAGCAUACAUGUAUGGAUGCAAACUGAAACAAAAAAUUGAAAAUGAAAAAGUUUAUCACAUAAAAAGCAUCUGAAAAGAUAAGCUUAUAUUAGAAUUAAAAUAUUAAAAGCACAAAAACAUUCUUUUUUCUAGGCACAGUUUUUCACAGACUUAUCACAGACUUUUCACAGUUUGUCAAACUUUUGUCACAGUCUGUUACAUACUGAUGCUAUGGUACCUGGUAUGUCAAGUUUUAUUGGAUAAAUGUCUUGCAUAAUUUCUGACAAAAACAUCAAAACAAGUAAUGAUGGACUUCAUUGAUAUUUUUGGAAAAAAUUUGCAUUGACAUUUAAUCAUUAACAUCUUAGUUGUUUCAACAUAAUUAUGAAUUUGCUAAAUGUAGUCCUUAAAUUCAAUUUUGCAUUUACUUUUAAGUGACUUUUUUAAUGAUACCUAUUAAAAUAAUAGCAUUCAGAAAUUAAUCCAUUUAGUCAUUUUUGUAAAUCAUCUUUUGUAAAAUGUAAUUAUAAGUACACAACAUUGUAAAGGUACUUUUUCUGCAGAUUUCAAUGCAGAAGUAAGAAACCAAUGGUAGGGGCAAACAACUACAAGUCUAGUUUUGGUUUCCAUGGUUACCAUUUUAAUUUCAGUGUUUACUUCAAAAUAGACUAGUCGUAAUAUGAAAUCAGAUUUGUUGAUUAAUAAUUGUAGGUUUGUCAGGGUUAAACUUGAAGUUGUUAUGAUGUCAGCAUAUAAUGUUGUCUAAGAUAGAUUGUUCAAAAUGUCCAAUCUGACCUGGUUCUAUAUUGUUUACAUCAUAAUUUUGUGGUAAAAUAGGUUGUGCUAGAAACUGUCAAAUUUUAUGCAUGUUGUUAUGACAUUUGAGGCAUAUUUACCUUAUUUUUUCUCAUACUUUGUGAGAAGUCUUGUCUGCUGUCUUGGUAAACAUUGUCUUCAUUUUCUUCCUGUUUUUAUGCCCCCCCCCCCUCUGUAUCCCAACUUACACAACAUUUGUUUUCUGACUGUAAUUUUGUCAUACAUUGAAGUAUUUUAAAAUAACUUCGCAUAAAUGUCUACCACAUCAAGAUGAUGUGUCGCGUCAAAGACCAAUUAGCAGUAAUAAGCAAUUAGUCACUUUCAUUCUCUUUUCUUUUCAUAAUACCUUUUUGCAAUAAUUAAGAUAUCUUUUCAGGGGCAUUGGUCACUUUUGUGUGACAGCUCUUGUUACUUUCACCUCUUCAUUUGAACAUAUUCAUAUAGAAAUACCUCUUUAAUAACUUUUCCUCCUUUCAUCAUACGUAAUGUUACAUGAUGUAUCACUUUUGACAGCUCUAGCUUUAUUGAGAAAUUCUAAGUCAGAACUACAUGUCAGUCUGAAUAUAAAUACCUAAAAAAAAAACAAUAAAAAAAAAAAAAUCAUCAACAAAUAAAAAAAAGUAAUACAAAAACCACCCAAAGCAUCAUGUUCUUUAAAUAAUUAGAAAGAAAACACAUUUUUUUUUUAAAUAUUCUACAUCUUAUUUCAUGGUAUAUCCACUAUCCUAUAUAUUUCACUCAUUUUUUAUGUAUAAAAUAUGUAUACAUGUAUUCAUUCUUAUAUUAUAUGUUGUUGAGUUUUUAUUGUUAAAUGUUACUGAAAUGUUGGUGAUAUUUAAAGUGACAAUAUGCUCAUUUUUUUGCUGUCAAGGUGAGCUGAAAAAGUUAUAUAUUUCAAAUCGUCAAUGACCAAUCUAUAUUAAAUGACAAAUGGUUAGGGUAAAAUAUAAAGCUGCCAAAAUAUAUAAAAAGACUGCCCAACUCUUUAUAAACUGAGUAUUUCCAACACAUUCUGAAGGAUAUUUAUAGACUUUUACAUGGAUCACUUGUGAACAUGUUAGGUAGGAUAUAAAAUUAAAAACACUUAUGGUGAAAUAUGUUAUUUUUACCAUUUUACCUUUACACUCAACGUUUACACUAUGAUGGGCAUAAUGUCACUUUAAAAAAAAGUUGUUUUUCUUACAGUGUAUGAGAUAUAGUCUGUGGACUUAUAAAUGGGCACUUUAUGGUUGUACAUUGCAAUGUUUAUUUUUAGCUUAAUUCUGAAGCACAUAUUUCAACAUGUUUGUUACUAAUAUAUUUGUCAUUGAACUAUUUGAUAAACUAGUUUAGGAUACUAAAAACGAGUGAAUUCAUCGCAGCAUAGCCAAGAGGUGAACAUGUCAGACUUAGUUAUCUAAUCUUGAUGUGUGGGUUCAAACCCCAGCAGGGGGGUAUGCCACUUUUUCCUUAAGCAAGAAGCUUUACACUCAUUGCUAAGUACUGGUUGGUUCCAGGAACAAAUAUGAAUGUGUGCUUAGAAACUUUUUAUGUAGCUCACUAUUUGAAUUAAAUGAAUUCUGUAUGAACUAAAAACAGGUGAAUUUAGGGACCAUACAGGUAAAAUACAUUGUAUAGCAUAUCAUGGAAAACAGAUUGCUUUCAGUGCAUCAAAAUUAUUUGGACAGUUGUAAUACAUUUAAACACAGAAUUUUCCAUUAGUUGAUCCAUUACAUAAGUAAUACAUUGUCUAAUAAGGUUUCAGACAGAAACCAAAUUAUAUGAUUUUUUCAAUACGGUUUUCAUACAAAAUUAACAUUAUCUAUACAGAAUGAAACUGUUUAUACAAAAAUGCAUUAGUAUUCUUUUUUUCCAAAAGCAAUUAACAGAUUUGUUAAUUAAAUUGAAUGUUGUUUAAUUGAAUGUUAUUGAAUUUUGUCAUGUAUCUAAUUUUCAUAAUGUGUGAUCUAAUUGUGUGAUAUAUCUUCAAGGGACCAACUU